AUGACGUCAUCUUUUGUCCCAGAGCUGGAUCUGGCGCUGCCACCCCAGCAGGAGCUUCCCUCGCUGGGCCUGGACCCGCCUGACUUCAGCCUCUACAGUCCUCCAGCUCCUCCACACUCCGGCCCGUCUGCCUCACCGUGGCUCCAGGCUUUCGGAAACCACGGCAACUGCUACCCCUGCUUCCCCAGCGCUGACCCCGCCCCCUCCUCUUCCCUGGCGUUCCACGGCUCCUUCCCACAUCUCUACGGCCUCCCGGCGUUCCUGCCUCCCGGGAACCCCUGGUUCUCCUUCUCCACGCCGGACGACGUCCUGUGCCUGGUCCGCCCGCCCUACUCCUACUCCGCCCUCAUCGCCAUGGCGAUCCAGAGCGCACCGUACCAGCGCCUGACGCUCAGCCAGAUCUACCAGUACGUCUCCGACAACUUCCCAUUCUACAGUAGCAACAAGGCCGGCUGGCAGAACUCCAUCCGCCACAACCUGUCGCUCAACGACUGUUUCCGGAAGGUUCCGCGGGACGAGAGCGACCCAGGUAAAGGAAACUACUGGACUCUGGACCCCAACUGCGAGAAGAUGUUCGACAACGGAAACUUCCGGCGCAAGAGAAAGAGGAAGUCAGAGAGCGUUGCCAAGAAAUCUUCCUCCUCCUCAUCAUCACGUGACUCCUCUUCGUCUGAGCCCAGCUCUAAGAUUCCCUGCACGAAGCUUCCUCCUCCCUCAGACGCCUCCUCCUCCUCCACCCUCAACGACUUCCUGUGUCACCUCCAGGACUCCUCCUCCUCUUCCCCCUCCUCCCUCCUCCUCCCUGCUUCUCCUCAGGAGAACUUCUCCUCGUACUCGCCAGGCGCCGUGGUCCCUCAGUGGGACUCCUGCAGCUCCUCUCCUCCCCUCUUCUCCUCCCUCCAUCACGCUCCUCCUCCAUUCCCCACCUCCCACAUGACACCCUCCCACUUCUCCUCCCACCACCUCACUGACCCGCCCCUCUACGCUGACCUGCAGGUGGCGCCGUGUGCGGCGCUGGAGCUCCAGCAGGAGCAGCAGCAGCUUCAGGCCCAGUGUCUGCCUCUGUUCUGUGGGGGCUUCAGCGAGGCGCUGCCCCUGGACUCUCUGCUCCUCCAGCAGUGA